AUGACACGCUCUCGAGUCGUGAAUGGCCCGACGGUCGUUACUGUGCCGGUUGACACCCCCGCGUCCGUUGUUGAGAAUCGCUCAGUGGAUGAAAGCCGACCUUUAAGGGUUGUUGUGAUUGGCGCUGGCAUUACAGGAAUCUUGUCUUGUAUUCGAUUCAUCCAGAGGGUUCCCAACCUUGACUUGUGCAUAUAUGACAAGAACCCCGAUAUUGGGGGUACUUGGUUGGAAAACAAAUAUCCUGGUUGCGCAUGCGAUGUUCCAGCCCACACCUAUCAAGCAAGCUUCGAGCCCAACAAAGAGUGGUCCGCAUUCUACGCACCCGCUCCCGAGAUCCAUGAAUAUUGGAAGCGAGUCGUGCAUAAGUAUGGCUGUCGGAAGUUCAUGAAGCUAAAGCAACAAGUAUUGGGAGCACACUGGGACGAGAAAGAUGCUAAAUGGAGAUUAGAGCUCGAAGAUGUUGAUAGUGGCUCAAAGUACCAAGAUCAAUGCGAUAUCUUGGUCCAAGCCACCGGCUGCUUGAACAACUGGAAAUGGCCGAGUAUCCCGGGCAUUCAUGACUUUAAAGGCAAAAUAAUGCACACCGCCGAUUGGGAUACAGAAUAUGAUUAUACAGGUCAAAACAUCGCCGUCAUUGGAAAUGGCUCUAGUGGCAUCCAGGUCGUACCCGGAACCUUGCCAAAGGUAGCACAUAUCGAUCACUACGUCCGCAGUCGUACCUGGAUAGCUCCAGCAUAUGCUAGAGAAGUCCUUGAUCGGCGCGAGGUUGAGCUCCACUUGCAGUCUGUCCAUGAAGCCACUCUCAAUGGCACACCCAUGCAAUUGGGCGCCAUCCCAUUUUUCACCGAGAACAUGAAGCGACGCCUAGCAAACAAGCCCGAGCUACUAGAUGAACUCGUUCCAUCUUUCCCACCAACCUGCCGUCGUCUCACCCCCGGUCCGGGCUACCUCGAAGCAUUGACAGACCCGAGAGUGGACAUCAUCAAGUCCGAGAUUGUCAAGGUCGACGAGACCGGUGUCAUCACCGCAGAUGGUCAGCACCGACCCGUCGAUAUGAUUGUUUGUGCAACUGGCUUCGAUACCAGCUACACACCCCGAUUCCCCAUCACAGGAGUUAACGGACUAUCUCUCGCCGAGCGGUGGAAGGCAUCUCCCGAAACCUAUCUCUCAAUCGCGACGGACGGUUUCCCGAACUAUUUCAUUUGCUUCGGGCCGAAUUCAGGUCUGGGUGAAGGAAACCUUAUCAUGCUGUUUGAGAAAGAGAUUGAAUAUUUCGCCGAGUGCUUACGCAAGAUUCAGCGUGAUAAUAUUCGGUCUAUGAGUGUGCGCCCUGAGUCUGUGAAGCGGUUUACUCGGUACUGCGAUGACUAUUUCAAGAAUACUGUUUACAGUAGUAAAUGUCGCAGUUGGUAUAAGGGUGGAAAAGAGGAAGGACGCGUGACGGGUGUCUGGCCUGGUGAGUAUUCGCGUUUCUUUAUCUUGCAAGCUUGUGAUUGGCUGGCUGAUUGUGCUACGUUAGGCUCGUCGAUUCACUCUAUGAAGGUAUUCUCCAAUCCUCGUUGGGAAGACUAUCAGUACGAAUAUCUUAAUGAUAACCCGAUGGGCUGGAUUGGUGAUGGGUGGACUGAAAAUGAGAAGUACAAGAAGAUUAACGUUGAUUACUUGGAUGAUGACCAGAUCGACUUUCCAACCCCGGCGGUACAGAAUGGGGCAGAGUAA